AUGGCGGACGAUUCACAGAACGCGAGCGAAACCUCAGAUCACGUCGAGGCCAUAGCCGCCAAGGAAGAUGCCGAAACUACUGCUGCACGAAGGGAGCUCAAGCAAACCUCCAUUUCCGAGAAAGGAGGGCACAUAGAAGACGAGGAAGCGACCUCGGACGACGAGGGCGGGGGGGACAACAGGUCGCCUGAGAGGGCCCAAACCCCCGAGCUGGAGAUGCGCGAUGUGGACGGCGACAAACUGAGGGAGCAGAUAUCGUCCCCGAAAAAGAAGCGAGCCCACGACCAGCUUGACGAGCCUAAGGAUUCCGAUGAUAGCACUGCUGCCGAGCACGGAGCUGCGAAACUCGGCAACGGCAGGGUGACACUCAGCGGGGCAGAUCGGUCGGAGCCCGUUAAGAAGAGAGCCCGCGAUAAGCAUGCUAGAGAGUCUGGGAAGGAUAAACCUUCUCUCACAGAAAAUACCAAAACGGAGACAUCAAAGGCCCAAGCAGAUGAAAAGCCACCACCGUCAGCCUCUGCUUUCGCCCAGUCGGGAUUUGCCAAGCUCGCAUCAUCCUCUGCCUCACCUUUCGGGUUCUUGGGAUCCUCUGGGAAGCCAAGCGUAUUCGGCUCCGGCUCGACGGCAUCCCCAUCACCGUUUGCUGCAGUUGGGACUGCAAAAUCUGGGACUGCGACUGCGGCACCGAAGUUUGGUUUCGGGGGUGGGCUGGCGACUGGGCCGGCAUCUCCCUUUUCAGGAUCUAAUGGGCAGUCCACCGGGUUUGGUGGCGCUUUGGGUGGUACAUUGGGUAGCGGCUCAUUUGGGAGUGUCCUUUCCGGUCCACGAUUGGCCACCUUUGCCAAGCCAGGCGAGGCGUUUAAGAGCGACAAGCCUGCCAAGCCGUUUGGUGCACCAGAAAGCGACGCCGAGGAUGGGAGUGGUGAUGAUGAGGACGACGAGAAAGGGAGUGCCGGCGAAGAAAGCUCCGAGAACGAAGAGGAGAAAGAAAAGGACAAGGACGAUGCAAAGCCGUCCUCCGAAGACAAGAAGAAGCCGAAGUUGCAGAAGGUUGUCAUCGAUGACGGCGAGGCUGGCGAAGUAACACUCUUGCAAGUCCGUGCAAAGAUGUUCCAGAUGGAGAAGGGCAUCGGCUGGAAAGAGCGUGGAGGUGGCAUGCUCAAGGUCAAUGUCCCCGAGUCAACAAUCGAUUUUGAUGACUUCGGAAAUCCGAAACCGGAGUCUUUUGAUGCUUCGGUCCUGGAGGACGAUGAUGCUGAAGACGAGGGUAAGGGCCGCAAGAAUGUUCGGCUCAUCAUGCGACAAGAUCACACGCUCCGUGUGAUUCUGAACACGCCCAUCCUGCCAGCAAUGGACUUCAACCUGUCUAAGAAGCUGAAGUCCUCACUGAUUCUCUUCACGGCGUUUGAUGGCAAUGAGGCGAAGCAGGUUCAGAUGAAGGUGGGUCCACCAUUUACUGACCCUUCAGGCCUCUCCCCCCUGCUAACCUGGCACCCAGAUGAGCGAGGUAUCUCGGAUUCUCUGGACACCAGCACGAUGCCCGGGUCUGCGAAGGAUGCCACUGCUUUUGUGGGGCAUUUGGGAAAGGGAAAGCGCAAGCGGGAUGCAACACUUGUCGACCGAGUCCCUCUCCCUGAGACACCGGAGCAGAGUUCGACCGAUGCUAGCUCUGCGCCAGACAAUCUUCAAAACGAUAAGCCCGGAUCCUUUCGAGGAGCCGUAGCAAGUAAAGGGAAGUCAUCUAGGGUCGAUAGAGAAGAAACUGCCGCAGAAACUGUCGAAUGCCUCGUCGAGUGGCCAGAAUGGUUCAAGGCUCUUGAUAAGACUCACAGAGCACUGAACUUGGUGUUCACCUUUUGCAGCACGCGAAAGCACCUAGCUACCACUUUUGACACUAUAAGAUCAGCUGUCGAGGCCCACACGAAGCGGAAACUCCUUAUCGAGGAUGUGGCAGCUGUCGUUGCUCUCCGUCCGGACGGCAUCAAGUUUGCAUAUGUGGAUGAGCUCAUGCUUCAGAUCGACAUCAAGGGAGCGGAGAAGGAUGAUACGUUCAAAACAGGGAAGGUUAGAGGCAAGCGCUCACAGGCGUUUGCGCCAGAUGCCUCCGUAGGUGGCUUGACGGGGUUGGAAGGGCUCGGCACCACCCCCACGGACGAGGCUGUGAGCGGCCAAGACGUGCUCUAUUUCGAGUUCGUCGGCGAAGACCUUAAACGUCAGGUCCAGAACAAAAAGACGGGCGAACCAACCGAUCCCACGCGAAAACUUAGGGAAGAGAAGCUAAAGAUGCCGGUCUUCAGCCAGAAGCAGAUGACCACCCUCAUAGAGAAGCGAAACAUCAAGUUCACCCACGCCAUGAAUCAGUUUCUCAACAAAUGUGUGGCGGAGAAUCUCGAUCCAGAGAUUGCCCUGAGGAGCGAGGCAGAGGCCUACAUUCCUCACCCCUUAACUCAUCGGGAAGCGUCGCCAACACGAGGUCUCAACACACUUCCAGAAAGCAUCCCGAAGGAGCGGAAGAGCAUCCCCGACAUAGUCCAAGAGCUAAAGGACAGUCCUUGGUAUACGGGCCAAAUUGUGCCGGAUGGGCACCGUGUUUUUGACGCACAAGAACCAGUCUACGGCGAUUUGAAUUUCCUGCUCAGUCAGGAUUUAGUCAAUGCUUUAUACAAUGCCAAGGGGAUAACGCAGUUCUUUGCCCACCAGGCAAAAGCGAUCAACCACCUACAAGAGGGACAUAAUGUUGUGGUGGCGACCUCGACAAGCUCUGGCAAAUCCUUGAUCUAUCAGCUUCCCGUCUUGCACGCCCUUGAAAGAGACCACCACUCCCGGGCGAUGUACAUAUUUCCGACCAAAGCCCUGGCGCAAGAUCAGAAGCGGAGCUUAAAGGAGAUGUUGGGCUAUAUACCCGGCCUGGAGGAGAUGCUGGUCGAGACUUUCGACGGCGAUACCCCGAUGGGGGAGAGAAACAAUAUCCGCGACGAAGCACGCGUCAUCUUUACCAACCCCGACAUGUUACACAUCACCGUCCUUCCACAGGAGGAGAGAUGGAGGACUUUUUUGAAGAACCUAAAGUAUGUCGUCGUCGACGAGUUACAUUACUACAACGGGCUGAUGGGGUCCCACAUGGCCUUCAUCAUGAGGAGACUAAGGCGCAUCUGCGCCGCUGUUGGCAACCGGAGCGUCAAGUUCAUCUCGUGCUCGGCCACGGUAGCAAACCCCGAGGAGCACUUCAAAACCAUCUUCGGGAUCGACGACGUGCGGUUGGUUGAUUUCGACGGGUCUCCGUCUGGUCGUAAGGAGUUCCUGUGUUGGAAUACGCCCUUCAAGGACCCCGCAGACCCGUCAAGCGGGCGCGGAAAUUCAAUUUUCGAGUGCUCGCGGCUGUUUUGUCAGCUUAUCUUGCGCGGCGUUCGUGUCAUUGCCUUCUGCCGAAUUCGCAAGCAAUGCGAGAAGUUGCUUGGAGCGGUGAAGCAGGAGCUGGAGGAUCUUGGCCGAGCCGAGUGUGUUGCCCGAGUCAUGGGUUAUCGCGGAGGCUACACCGCCCAGGACCGGCGGAGAAUCGAGAGCGAGAUGUUUGAAGGAAAACUCAUGGGCAUUAUUGCCACGACUGCAUUGGAGCUUGGCGUCGACAUAGGCACGUUGGACUGCGUUUUGACUUGGGGGUUCCCAUACACGAUCUCCAAUCUCAGGCAACAGAGUGGAAGAGCUGGCCGGCGAAACAAGGACUCGCUAUCCAUAUUAGUAGGCGACUGCUUCCCGACGGACCAACAUUACAUGCAGAAUCCCGACGAGCUCUUCACCAAGCCGAACUGCGAGAUUCAGGUGAACCUCGAGAACAUGCUCGUCAGAGAGGGCCAUAUUCAGUGUGCGGCAUAUGAGAUGCCCAUACGCCCGGCUGAAGACGCUCAGUAUUUCGGCGAGGACUUGGCCCAGAUAUGCGAAGAGCGCCUGCUUGGGGACGGUCUAGGCUUCUUCCAUUGCCAUGAUAGAUUCCGGCCGCUCCCAUCAAAGUUUGUCUCCAUCAGAGAUAAGGAGGAGGAGCACUUUGCCAUCAUCGAUACCACUCACGGGAGGAAUGUCGUUCUUGAGGAGCUCGAAGCUUCACGAGCGACUUUUACUAUAUACGACGGGGCCAUCUUCCUCCAUCAAGGACUUACAUACUUGGUCAAAGACUUCAACCCGGAUAAGCGAAUGGCAAGGGUGGAAAAGGUCAAGGUGGACUGGACUACCGAACAACGGGAUUAUACCGACAUCGACCCCGUAGAGACAGAGGCUAUCAAGCGCAUCCCUGGCUCACUGGUUCGGGCGUAUCACGGUGCAAUCAAGAUCACGCAGGUUGUCUUUGGCUACUUCAAAAUCGACAAGAAGAACCGUAUCCUCGACGCCGUCCAGGUCGAUAACCCGCCCGUCACUAGGUACAGCAAGGGCAUGUGGCUCGACAUCCCCCGACAGGCGCUUGAUAUCCUCGUGGCGCGCCGCUUAAACGUGGCCGGUUCGAUCCAUGCGGCAGAGCACGCUAUUAUGAGCCUCAUACCAAACUUCGUCAUCAGCAUGCCUGGCGAUGUGCGGACAGAGUGUAAGAACAGCCUCAAAGAGUUUGCCAAGAAGGAGACGCAGAGGAAACGGCCGGCCCGUCUGACGUUCUACGACGCGAAGGGCGGCGCGGGCGGGUCGGGCAUCAACACCAAGGCGUUCGAAUUUAUCGACUUGCUCCUAAAGCAGGCCCUCGCCAGAGUGGUAGCCUGUCGCUGCGGCCAGGGGUGCAUCGAAUGUGUAUGCUCGGAACUGUGCAAGGAGGCAAACGAGGUCAUGAGCAAGGCCGGGAGCGAGGUGAUUCUAAAGAGCCUCCUAAACGUUGGCAUCGACGUCGAUGCCCUGCCGAUGGGCCCCGAGGAGUUCAGUCCUGCUGGAGUCCAGACGAUCGUGCUGGCUAAACCUGUGCCGCCGAGGGAUCGGACGGCUUUGCAGGUGGCGGGCAUAAAGGAAGAAGACGACGACGAUGAAGCGAUAAUACUCGACCAAGUCGCCGAGGAAGGGACAUGA